UCUCUCUCUCUUUCUCUCUCACACUUGUGUUUGUGUUUGAGUUCGCAAUGAGCAGCAUCUCAUAUCUGACGCUUGAUUCUCACACAAUAUGCAACACUCAACGCUCCUUCUCCUUCCGCCACCAUCGUCCCACACGGAACGUCGUCGUAUGCGCCGCGAAGCCUGUCGCUCCUCCUCCCACUAAGCUCAGCGCCGCCGACACCUCCGGCGGUCGAAUUGGGUCGCUGAGUCAGGUUUCCGGCGUUCUGGGUUGCCAAUGGGGCGAUGAGGGUAAAGGGAAACUCGUCGACAUCUUAGCCCAACACUUCGAAAUCGUUGCUCGUUGUCAGGGUGGAGCUAAUGCUGGGCAUACUAUUUAUAAUGCUGAAGGGAAGAAGUUUGCCCUUCAUCUUGUUCCUUCUGGUAUCCUCAAUGAGGAUACUCUGUGUGUAAUUGGGAAUGGAGUUGUGGUCCAUCUGCCGGGGCUGUUUGAAGAAAUUGAUGGGCUUGAAUCGAAUGGGGUGUCUUGCAAGGGAAGGAUAUUGAUAUCUGAUCGCGCUCACCUCUUGUUUGAUUUCCACCAAGUAGUGGAUGGGCUAAGAGAAGCUGAGCUUGCUAAAUCUUUCAUUGGCACGACCAAGAGAGGCAUUGGACCGUGCUACUCCAGCAAGGUUAACCGGAAUGGCAUUAGAGUAUGUGAUUUGAAGCACAUGGAUACUUUUCCUCAGAAGCUUGAUUUUUUGUUAUCAGAUGCAGCAUCGAGGUUCAAAGAUUUUAACUAUGGUCCUGACAUGCUCAGGGAAGAAGUUGAAAAAUACAAGAGAUAUGCUGAGAGGUUGGAACCCUUUGUUGCUGAUACUGUGCAUGUCAUGAAUGAUGCUAUAUCACAAAAGAAGAAGAUUUUGGUUGAAGGAGGACAAGCAGCCAUGUUGGACAUUGAUUUUGGAACUUAUCCCUUUGUUACUUCUUCUAGCCCAUCAGCAGGUGGGAUAUGCACUGGACUUGGUAUCGCUCCAAGAGUAGUUGGUGAUUUAAUAGGAGUGGUGAAAGCAUACACUACGAGAGUUGGUUCCGGUCCUUUUCCAACAGAAAUUUUGGGACCAGGAGGUGAUCUCCUCAGAUUUGCUGGGCAGGAGUUUGGAACAACUACAGGCCGUCCUCGACGGUGUGGUUGGCUGGAUAUAGUUGCAUUAAGAUACUCUUGUCAGAUCAAUGGUUUUUCUUCAUUGAAUCUCACCAAGCUGGAUGUUUUAUCUGAUCUUGAUGAAAUACAGUUAGGUGUCUCUUAUAAACAUGCUGAUGGUACCCCAGUCAAAUCAUUCCCUUCAGAUCUCCGUCUUCUUGAGCAAUUGAAGGUGGAAUAUGAAGUACUUCCUGGAUGGAAGUCUGAUAUUUCUUCCAUCAGAAACUACUCUGACCUUCCAAAAACUGCACGGCAAUAUGUGGAAAGGAUAGAAGAACAUGUUGGUCUCCCUAUCCACUACAUUGGUGUUGGGCCUGGACGUGAUGCCCUCAUAUACAAAUGAGUUCACAUUUGAAUUCCACUAUAGGCAAGUUGAAGCUUUUUGCGGUACUAGUAUUUGUUCCCUCUAACUUUGAGAGAUUUGGGACGAAAACGCAUUUGAAGUGACUAGUGAGGAUUACCUACUUGAUGUAUUAUGUUGUUAUCCAUCUUCUGUGGGGUUUGGUUUGAUACAGGGAGUUUUCACCUUUUCAUCUUCUAUGGUGAUAACAUCUGUCCUAAGCUGUUACUCUUGUAGCAGAAAAUAAUGUUGUACUUUAACGACUCAGAGGCUUCAGGCAUCCGCUUUCUAAUAUCUCCGAAUUGUGAUCAUGAAUCUUU